CGCUAUCAUGGCGCCGUGCCCCACGCCUCCAGUCUCUCUCCCUUCACCACCAGCUUCACCAUCGUCGUCAGGUGCGCCGGCCGUCAGUCUGAACCAUGGCGUCUGAACGAAGCCCCCUCCUGGACUCCCAGGACCGUCCCGAUGUCGAAGCCGACAAGCCCGGUCGCUUCUCGCGCGUCCGCGAGCUCGCCCUCUUCGCCUGGGCUCUCAUCGCCACCGCCGCCGUCAUAAUCCUCGCCGUCUGCAUCCAGCACAACCAGCAGACUCACCCCAGGCAAGAUGUCCCCGCCGUCAAGCGCAACCUCGUCUUCAUGGUCUCGGACGGCAUGGGUCCCACCUCGCUCUCCCUGACGCGCAGCUUCCGCCAGCACACCCAAGGCCUCCCCAUCGACAAUGUCCUCGUCCUGGACAAGCAUUUCUGGGGCUCCAGCCGUACCCGGUCCAGCAACUCCUUGGUAACCGAUAGCGCCGCUGGCGCAACCGCCUUCUCUUGUGGCAUGAAGAGCUACAAUGGUGCCAUCGGCGUCCUCCCGGACCACGAGCCCUGCGGCACCGUCCUCGAGGCAGCGAAGAGGCUUGGCUAUCACACCGGGCUUGUCGCUACAACAAGAGUAUCGGAUGCCACCCCAGCAUCGUUCGGAGCACACGUGUUGACGAGGUCCAUGGAGGAUUCCAUCGCCCUCCAGGAGAUCGGAGAGGGUGUGCUGGGACGCUCUGUUGACUUGAUAUUGGGCGGUGGUCGAUGCUACUUCCUCCCCAACAGCACCGAAGGAAGCUGCCGCUCCGACGACGUCGACGUGGUCGAAAUUGCCAAGACGAAGCACAAUUGGGCCUACAGCGAUUCUCGCGCUGGUUUCGACGCCCUUGAGAACGGCGAGAAGGCCCAGCUCCCUCUCCUGGGUCUCUACGCCUCUCACGAUAUCCCCUUCGAGAUUGACCGCCGAAACCACAACGACAUCUACCCCUCCCUCAGUGAGAUGGCAAAGACGGCCCUUCGCGUGCUCGAGAAGGCCACCGAGGACAGCGACAAAGGCUUCUUCAUCAUGAUUGAGGGCAGCCGAAUUGACCACGCCGGUCACUACAACGACCCCGCCGCCCAGGUCCACGAGGUCAUCGAGUACGACAAGACCUUCCAGGUUGUUCUCGACUUCAUUGCCCAGAGCAAGACCGAGACCGUCCUAGUUUCCACCAGCGACCACGAGACCGGCGGUCUUGACGCGGCCAUCCAAAUCCCCGGCCACUUGCCCGUGUACAACUGGUACCCCCAAGUCCUUGCCAACGCCACCGCCUCAGCCGAGUGGCUUGCCGCUAAGCUCCGGGCCCACGUCUCCGGCUCCGACGCCGCUGGCAAGACGGACAAGCUCAAGACCUGGAUCAACGAGGAGCUCGUCGUCCCCGGUCUCGGCAUCUCCGACGCCACCGACGCUGAGCUCGCCCUCGCCGCCGAAAACGCCGACAACGCCCUCGAAGUCUUCGCCGACAUGAUCUCCCUGCGUGCCCACAUCGGGUGGAGCACCCACGGCCACACGGCCGUCGACGUCAACAUCUACAGCUCCGGCGGCCCCGGCACCGAGAAGAUCCGUGGCAACGUGGAGAACACCGAGGUCGGAGACUUCCUCAGCGAGUACCUCGACGUCAACAUCAAGGAAAUCACCGACGAGCUCAGGGAGAAGACGGUCAAGCCCGGUGGCGAGGCCAUAGCCGCAGCCCAGGCUGCAUGGAAUGUGCAUGCGGAGAGCCACCACAUGGCGUGGUAAAUACAUACGUAAUAGACAGAUACAUCAUGGAUCAGGGCGCACGGGCACUAUAGAAUGACUGAAGAGUUGGGACAUGACACCAUACACGGAGGAGCAAGCAUAGCAUGAAGACUAAGCGAGU